AUGGGCCUCCGAUUUUUUUAUGGGCCUCCGAUUUUGGAACAGAGCCAAAAUAUCGGAUUAUCUAUAGAACAAUGGGUUGAGCGAGUGAUUGAUGUGACAAAAUGUCCAUCGCUCAGCAAACUGAAGCUCACCGCGGUACCGAAAUUCGAUGUGUUCUCAGUUUUUGAUGUAAUUCCAAAAGUUGCCGAACUCGAAAUAUGUCUCAACUUCUGCAACGCAUUAGCUAAGAGAGCAGUGGAAGUUCUCUCGCCAGUCACUUCAUCGAUCAAUAUGCAUAAAGUUCCCUUUUUGAAUCGAGAAGAAUUCCAGACAUUUUGGAUGGGGAAUGUGGAAUGUUUGACUGUCCACAGCAAUCAUCUGUCGAGAUUUCAAUUCAACAUUAGCUAUCUUCUAAUAUCGAACGCAGUCAAACUCGAAUUGAGAGAGGUUGUGUUAAGUCUGAGAGACCUCAACCGCUUCUUUUCGUAUUGGUUGGACAAAACAUCCAAUCAUCGGCUGGAGCAUUUAUCAGUGAAAUCACUUGGUCAUUUCGAUGAAAACAUUCUUCUGAGAGGAUUAAAUGCUACUCGUUUCACAGAAAAUCGGACUAGAGAACUCCUUUCGACCAACACGUUCUAUCAAUUUAGAAAUUUCACGGGAGGGUUUGAUGUGAGAAGAAAAGAUGGAAAGUUGGCAGCUAUUACAUUUGGAAACACUUUUUGGACAACAUUUAUCAAUUUUGAUGUUUGGUCAUGA